GUCAAUUACAAGAAAAUCUCCUGGUUAUUGCUAAAUGAGAAGCAGGUGUAGGAGGCGCCGAUCAAUACGUCGACGCGACCAUAGAGCGAGGUAAUGAGUAUCAACAAAGAGACACACGCAACCAAACUGAUCUCACGACUGCUUUGAACUAUUGUUCACCACCUCAUCAUUUACAAACGAGAACCUCAAUUACUGUCACGCGUUUCGAAUACAUGCGAAAGGCGGAAAUAUCGCGAUGAAUUUCAAAGGAGAGAGCCCUCACGCCCUGGGUCAUGAGAGCUCAAAGCCACGUCGGCGUUUACCAUUCGCGAUGAUUGGGGUGUCACUCAUCUGCUUUGCCCUUUUCCGUAUCUUCAUAUCGACGAUGUCAAUUACACCGGCAUCAAGGAACGAUCUCACGAAGUAUCGGUAUCCUGGUGAGAGUAUAGAAUGGGAGAGAUGUGGACACCUCAAAAAUGGGCGGCGACUCGAGGUUGGCAUUUGCCGUAAUAUUCACAGUCCCUGUUGCUGAUCGGUCGACUGUGUAGUGCAGCACUAUCAGUGUACCAAUGGACCAAUUCAAUCAGCAUCACUUCAGGAAUGAAACAUUUACUAUCCCGCUUAUCCGUCUGCGUGGUCGCCAUGCUAAGCAAAACAUACUUCUCAAUCCUGGGGGCCCGGGAGGCUCUGGUAUCUGGUUCAUUCAUCGACUGGGAGAACAGCUAAGCACAAUCAUCGGUGAAGACUUGCACCUUGUCGCGUUUGAUCCUCGGGGCGUCAAUGGGAGCAGACCUUUCGCAGACUGUUACCCAGAUGACGAGACACGGCAUUCACUUGGGUCUGUGAGAGAUCAGCGUGUGCUGGAAGAUAGCGCAGAAGUCUACGCCUGGACUAAGAACUAUGUUCGAGCAUGCGCCGAGACUAUGGGAGAACACGGCAAGCACCUCAACACGCCGCAGACCGCAGCCGACAUGAACAGCAUCAUAGAUGCGCUUGGCCAAGAUGAUAUGAUAUACUGGGGGUUCAGCUAUGGUACGAUACUCGGACAGACGUAUGCUGGGCUUUUCCCGGAGCGAUCUCGACGAAUCAUCAUUGACGGUGUCAAUAAUGUGUUUGACUGGUACGGCGGUCUCUUGGAUACGGAGGAUUUGGUCGACUCUGAAACUGUCUUUGAUGGAUUCUUGGACGAAUGUAUCAAGGCUCGAGAAGACUGCCCAUUGGCGCGUUUCGGGCCAUCAAAAGAAGCGCUUCGGGAGAGAAUACUGUCCCUAGCCUCUGCCCUUCGUCAAGAUCCAUUGAAUGUCUACGUCGAUAAUCGGCGAUAUGGUUUACUGGAUGACAGGACACUUCUUUAUGAUGCUCAUAAUGCUAUACCUGCGGCGCUGAAAAAGCCUGUAACAUGGCCCACGCUGGCCGAGAACCUCGCCAAAUGGCUUGACGGCAAUGCUACUGAUGCGUUCCUAGCGUACGGACUUGGAAAGCCGUGGCCGUCGGCUGGUGAUGCGGAGCGCUUUGUCAUGUUGAAUGAUGGCGCGUCAGGAGCCCGAUAUUGGCCUCAGGAUCGACAGACUAUGCUUGAUUGGCUUGUCCCGUUCAUCAACAGAAGCAUAUUCGCUCCCACGGAACACGGGGUUUACUACGCAAAGCAGCAAUGGCUGGUACCCAAAACACACAGCUACGUACCUUCGCAUACUGUCCAGACAGCUCAUCCCCUCUUGAUUCUGACCAUGACGUAUGAUCCUGUGUGUCCUCUGAUCUCGGCCAGAUCGGCACAGCGAGCGUUUCAAGGGAGCCAGAUUGUCGAGGUCGAAGGAUAUGGGCACUGCUCUACCGCGAUGCCUUCGGUUUGCUUAGCACGCCAUGUGCGAGCCUAUCUACAGAACGGGACGGUUCCAGCAUUACACACGAAGUGUAAAGUUGAUGGGACUUACUUUCCUCCGAUUCAGGAACGCGUUAAUAUUGAAGAGAUUGCUAUCGAGCUUUUCGAAGAGGUUGAGGAUCGAAGGAUAUUUACUGCACAAGUUGAACUAGCAAGGAAUUGGUGAAAAGGUAAUGUGUGACCACCAAGGGAUAGCCAACCAAGAGCAUUCACCCCUUUAAUACAUAUUAAAUGUCCGAAUCAAGUACAAGAGU